GUUUUACAGUUAUUCUAAAAUGUGUGAUGAUUCAAAGUCUAUUAUAAGCCUAUUAUAUAAGACAUCGAAAGAAACCAACUAUUGAGUCAGCUAUGGGCUGAAAAUGACACGGGGGAGGCUUACUGCUUUGCCUCUUCAAGCGCUCUCUGCUGCUCAAUUCCUUUGCGCGUUUCCACAACCCGGCGCUGCUCGUCCUCUCAGUUCCCACUGCUCAUCCCACUCCGCUACUGGACAAACCGUUGAGAACACGAAGAUGCUUACGGAGCUCCUCUAAACGGGUGCCACCAAUGAAUUUGACUUUACCGAGCUGAUUUGGCAGAGUUUAUAGGAAUGUCUGCAGAAAGUUAAAAUCCCAGAGGACUGCUCUUCUGCAUCACUCUUGCUCUCCCUGAGGACAGUGUGUGAGGAGUGUCACCUCUCUAUGUUUCCCCUGGUGGCUGCAGCGUGAAGGAUGUAAGGCCGGAGGAGGACGCAGGAUGGAGUGUUCCUGGAAGACAGUGCUGCUGCUGGUGUGUGCCUCUCUGGGGGUCCAGUACACAGCCAUCCGCACCCUGAGAGACUCCCUGUCCGGGCCCUGCCACGGUGGCGUCUACCACUGUCAAAACCGACAGCCCAAAGACUCCAGGUGGAGAGCUCUGUGUGAGGACAACACGUUGCCCAUGGAAACAUCGGCCAUGGCCUCCCGGCGCCACAUCCUCCUGUUCGCCACCACCCGCAGCGGCUCCUCCUUCACCGGUCAGCUCUUCAAUCAGCAUCCGGCCAUCUUCUACGCGUUCGAGCCCCUCUACCACGUCCAGCAGGCCUUCACCAACUCCAGUGGCAGACUGCGUCGGGCCCUGGACCGCCGGGCCCUGCUGGGGGCCUACCGGGACCUCCUCCUUAACCUCUACACCUGUGACCUACGCUUCCUGGAGAACUACAUCCGCCCUGAGCCCCAGGACCACAUCACUGGGUCCUUCUUCCGCCGGAGCUCUAGCCGAGCUCUCUGCUCCCCCCCUGUGUGCCCCGAGGGUGGUGAGGGGGCCUCAGCCUCUGGGAGUCAGCCUGAUGAGACCUGGUGCCCCAAGAAGUGCGGGGCACUGAACCUCACACUGGCCUCCAUCGCGUGUCUUUCACGGGGCCACGUGGCCAUCAAGACAGUGCGUGUCCCUGAGGUGGGGGACCUGCGCACCCUGACCGAGGACCCUCGGCUAGACCUAAGGAUCGUUCACCUGGUGCGCGACCCCAGAGCCAUCCUGGCCUCGCGCAUGAUGGCAUUCUCUGAGCAGUUUCAUGCCUGGAAGAUCUGGAACGCUACAGGCAGGCAGCCGCACUACGUAGACCUAGCUCAGAUCACCAGCACCUGCAGGGACAUGGCAGACUCAGCAGAGACAAUGCUGCAGAGGCCGGCGUGGCUGCGUGGACGCUACCUCUUGGUGCGCUACGAGGACCUGGCCCUCAACCCCAAGGAGAAGGCUCAGGAGAUCUACAGGUUUGUGGGGUUGGAGAUGGAUGAAAGCGUGCGCUCGUGGAUCGCACAUAACACCAACAACAGCGCGCCUCCUACAUCCGAGUGGAACUAUAAGUACUCCACCACCAGAGACUCCAAAGCCACAGCAGAGAGCUGGAGGCUGAGACUAGGGUUUGAUAUAGUGAGGACUUUGCAGACUUUGUGCAAUGAUACACUCUCUCUUUUAGGCUACAGGGUGGUCCACUCUGUGGCUGAUCUGAGAAACAUGUCUAAUAGUCUGGUGGAGCCCAGGCCUUUUCAGACUCUCGUAUAACUGUGACCAUGCAGGUGGUUGGAUAUUUACAUUUACAUUUAAGUCAUUUAGCAGACGCUCUUGUCCAGAGCGACUUACAAAUUGGUGCAUUCACCUUAUGACAUCCAGUGGAACAGCCACUUUACAAUAGUGCAUCUAAAUCUUUUAAGGGGGGGGGGGGGGGGUCAGAAGGAUUGCUUUAUCCUAUCCUAGGUAUUCCUUAAAGAGGUGGGGUUUCAGGUGUCUCCGGAAGGUGGUGAUUGACUCCGCUGUCCUGGCGUCGUGAGGGAGUUUGUUCCACCAUUGGGGUGCCAGAGCAGCGAACAGUUUUGACUGGGCUGAGCGGGACCUGUACUUCCUCAGUGGUAGGGAGGCGAGCAGGCCAGAGGUGGAUGAACGCAGUGCCCUUGUUUGGGUGUAGGGCCUGAUCAGAGCCUGGAGGUACUGAGGUGCCGUUCCCCUCACAGCUCCGUAGGCAAGCACCAUGGUCAAAUGGAUAUAAUGCUACAAGAGCUCCAUAGUGUAACUGAUAUGUUGUCUGUGUCUUCACUCGAACACAGGCAAUCCAAUUUUGUUCUUUAACCACUAAUUGGUCUUUUGACCAAUCAGAUCAGCUCUUUUGCCUAUAAUUGGGCAAACAAUCAGAAUUGGGCUGCCUGUGUAAAUGCAGCCAAUGAUACAACGUUUUAUUUCACAGAAAUGUUUUAUGACUAUGAUUAUGACUCUGUCUGUGUGUGUCUUCAUUGCAUUUAAUAUCUCCAAGCAUGUUUUGUUUAUGCCUAGCAAUUUAAGAUAUUUACCCCCAAAAUUGUUGUGAAUUUAAAUGCAUUUCAUUUACAGUUUGCAUGUGGUUUGAAAAUUACACUCCAAAAACCGACAACUCAACUGCCAGUCCAGUAUGUUACCUGACAGUAUCGAGGAGAAUCUCAGGUUUUUGAGUUGUCUUAGAUAAAGCUUCUUAGUGUACGUGUUUAUGUGCUGCUCCAUUCAAAGUUCCUGGCUCUGCUCUUAUUUAUUCACCCUUAUUUUACCUGGUAAAUUGACUGACAACAUAUUCUCUUUCACAGCAAUGACCCCGGGGAAGCUACAUGUAUACUUAAGGCCAUAUUUAUACUUUACCUUAGAAUGUUAUGUUUUUAAUCCUGGAAAUAAUAUUGUUUCUAUGUUCUUUUUCCUGGAAAUUCAAUGUGUCUAUGUCCAACACUUUGUAUUCAUGUUUUAUUUCCUAGAAUAUCAAUUGCUUACGUUGCACUGAUGCCAGUGCUUAGUACAGUAAUUCUAGCCUCAAGUCACUCUAAUGGUGUUAUGUUUUCUGAGAAUGGCUCGAUGCAGGUCAUCCAUUUAUGCUCACCUUAAAGGGAUGGAGGGGAUUUUUGUGAAAUGAAAAUUAUAGUGCUUGCCUGACAAAGCAUCUUCGAAAAUGCUCUGAAUGAUGCCUGGAAACGGCUUAAAAUGUCACAGGUAACCACACCAUGAAGAUCAGCGCCUGUAUCCUACUUUGUAUUGCAACCUGAUUUCAAAUGUACACUUCAGAACACUUCAGACAGAGGCCUUUGGUUGGUACACUGUAUAUACUAUAAUAUAUGUGUUAUUAAAAUAAAAGGUGUCAGUGCUUUGUCUUAAGUCUGUAACCCUCAACUGUAAAUCAUGUUUGUCAAAAUAUCAUAAAGCUAUGUUUAUAAAUGUAAUAUUUU